AUGGAUCGCUCCGCGGCGAAUCUAGGCGUGCUGAGCUUUGGCCGGACGAUGCCAUCGCGGAGCCCCACCCAGAACACUUACGGCCGCCAGGACGUGCCCCGCAGACUCGGCGCCGCUGCAGUGGGAUUCUGGAACCUGACCACUCACGAACCACCUUAUCCCCCAAGACGGACAAGUGGCACCCUCGACCCCUUCACACACAACACACACACAUACCCACGACACCUCAUCGUUGUCUGCUCCCAACAAGCGGUCUGCCGGUCCGAGUCUCUGAAAUCGGCUUCGAGCGGGCACUGUGUAGGCUGCAAUGCCACCAUAUCGCCCGGAUCGUCCGUUUCUCGCCGGGAUCAUGGAGAGCCCCGGACGACAUUGACUGAUGCCUCCCGCAAGACGGUCUGCGGGGACCUACAGAGCCACCAGACUGCAGAGUUGACAGCUGAAGACGACGCGACUGCAUCUGUCAUGGACUCAGCGGGGAGAUUCUGUACGACAGCCUCCCCUUGCCGGCCUUGCCGCUACGCUGCGGAUCGAGAGGAGCACCGUCUUGAUUCGAGAAGGCAGCUUGCAGCUGUCUUCAAUGGUGCGAGGGCACUUUGCAAGAACGGAGCAAACACGGCCCCGAUGAUUCCCAUCGAAUGGCUACCUUAGCUCAGUCCUGUCCGGCGUGAAUGGUAUGCACCAGGCAAUAUGGAUUCCAAAGAUACGGCUAGCUCCCACAAAUGCACAGCUCGACGCGCGAACUUGUCGAUAGUCCACAGCCCCCAAUGAUAGCAAUGGGCUUUGCCAUGUGGCAGGCAACAUAAGCUUCGCGCCGUCCCUUUCGCUGAAAGCUUCCAUGGGCGCCGGCCUUUGAGUGUUUGAGGCAGGGGCCGCAGCUCAGGACACAAUAAGCACGUCCUCGUCUCUCUCUGCCCUUUUGCGUUCCAUACGAGCCAAGAAUGAGGG